AUGGCCGCGAGGACUCGUGGAAACGUUCUCGCGUUGUUUACCCAAACAGAACGCGCCGCUAUCAUUCGUCGACGCAUCAUCGAUUUGGAGCGACCCAAGUUCGCUCCAAUUGGUGACCAUAAGAGGAAAAUCGAAGUCGCACUCAAAGAUCUCGGCUUCCCUUUGAACGACGAGCAGCUUUUGGCAGUCGAAAAGAUCGUUACGGCUGAAGAUUACGUCCUCGUGCAGGGCUUUCCGGGUGCCGGCAAAACAGCCAUGCUCGUCGCCGCCGUGAAAGCUCUUCGAGCGCAAGGAAAAUCGGUGUUGAUCACGUCCCACACGCACAGCGCCAUCGAUAACGUCUUCUCUAGGCUUCCAGGAGUUGGAGUUCACGAGUUUAUGCGCAUCGGCGACGAAGUGAAAGUCGUCGACGCCGUGCAAGAAUACAGGCUUGGAUCAAAGCGAUGGCCGUGCUCGAAUUCGGAUGACUUGCGUAAGGUAUCAGAGCGCGCUAUGGUCGUCGGUGCAACGUGCCACGCCAUGGGUCACGCGUAUUUCCAGCGUAAAAUGUUUGACGUUGUUCUCAUCGAUGAGUCGGGGCAGAUUACGCUUCCGAGCAUUCUCCCUCCGCUCUUUGCGGCAAAGACGUUCGUGCUCGUCGGCGAUCACCAUCAGCUCCCGCCGCUCGUGAAGUCAAAACAGGCAAUUGCCGGUGGACUUGGUCGAUCUCUUCUUGCCAUGCUGUGUGACGCACAUCCAGACAUGGUGACGAAAUUGUCUUCGCAGUACCGCAUGGCAGAGCCGCUGACUCGAUUACCAAACAUUUUGACGUACGACGGAAAGUUGCGCUGUGGUACGGAGUCGGUCGCGAAACAGUUACUUUCGCUCGCGCCUCUCAAAGAUGCUUUCUCCUGCGCUCCGCAGUGGUUAGCGCACGUCAUGAAUCCCGCGAAUCACACCGUUUUCUUGGAUACGAGCGCGCUCGGCGCCGCGGCGCGCGAAACGCCUAAGCCGUAUAUUAAUGAGGCAGAGAUGGACUUGGUGCUGACGACAGUCAGUGCGCUCACAACUCACGGCGCCACGAGUGUGUGCGCAUUAUCACCAUUUAACGCCCAGGUCGACGCCAUCAAAGCUCGCUUGAACGGAUUCAAAGCGCUCAGCGGCGACGACGCGCCUCGAGCGCUCACAAUUGACAAAGCGCAAGGCCAGGAUAUGGACGCGGUGUGCAUCUCCUUCGUCUGUUCGAACGAUGAAGCCAAGGUGAACGUUUUGCUGAAUGACACCAGUCGCUUUAACGUUGCGAUCACGCGUGCAAAGAAAAAGCUGAUCCUCAUCGGUAACGCCGAAACGUUGCGAUCCUCUCCGGUGCUCGCGCGAGCGCUCGAAUUUUAUCGCGCCGAGGGGUGGAUCGUGCCGCUCACCAUCGAAGCGCUGGAUUUCACGAACUUCGUCCUCGGGACGUUCGAACCGAGCGUUCUCUAG